CCUCGCGGGCAACGUAGUCCUGCAAGCCUGGUCCCCUGGGCUGCGGCCCUGUUCCUCGCUCUGGGCGUGGAAAGGGCUCUGGCGCUACCCGAGGUACAGAAGCAAGUUUGAGAUCCGGCUGAAGCAGGGUAGCUGGCUAGCCGUCUGUUGCGCCCGCCCGCAGCUCUCCCCAUCGCCCAGCCGGCCCGCAGCUCCGACUUCGUCCCUGAAGCCAGCAGACCCCAGCCCGAGCUGUUCCCCAGGCGGGUCUUGUCCGCGAGUACUCACGUUGCGCAGGCCUCUGGCGCCCCCGUCCUUGCUGACGUUCAAAGUGCUUUGAAAUUUGAUCUCUCGCCCCCUAAUCUUUGAAUAAUUUUAAGUUCUUUUUACAAACGAGUCCUCUGGCUCUUCUGCAGACUCUCCAUGCACGAAUGCUGAAUCGUGCGAUGGUAGGGCUGUACUUUCUGUAAUGCUUGAUGAUGUACCUGCAGUCCUUUUAAACCGGCCAAACCGGGGCUGUCAGAUUGAGAAGUGUCUGGCGAGGGAAUAAUAAAUAUGUUAGAACAGAGAGCCUCAAAGAUGACAAUCUAACCAGGGAUAGAUAGGUCUGGUACUGAAAGUCUCUGGUGCGCAGAUUCGGCGCCAGGCUGUAGGGGAAGAAAUGGCACUUCCUAGUCUACCCUGAUGUGAGGGCAGGACACAAGCCACUUCUCUGCCCUAUGUUAGAGGCAUUCUGGAGAAGUAUGCUGUCAGGUAUGCACCCAGUGUCCCGGGAGUGUGCAAAAUUUGUCAGAAGUGGCCCUUUAUUGUAAGCGGACACCCGAACUAAUGCUGCACGCCCGCUGCUGCCUGAAUCAGAAUGGCACCAUAUUGGGGCUCGAUUUCCAGAACUGUUCUCUGAAGGACCCUGGUCCAAACUUUCCUCAGGCACAUACUGCUGUCAUCAUAGACCUGCAAGCAAACCCCCUCAAGGAUGACUUGGCCGGUACUUUCCAUGGCUUUAUCCAGCUCCAGAUUCUGGUCCUGCCACAAGAUGUCAACUGUCCUGGAGGUAUCAAUGCCUGGAAUACUGUCACCUCUUAUAGAGACAACCAAAUCUGCCAAGGGCAGAAGAACCUUUGCAAUAGCACUGGGAACCCAGAAAUGUGUCCUGAGAAUGGAUCUUGUGCACCUAAUGGUCCAGGUCUCUUGCAGUGUGUUUGUGCUGAUGGCUUCCAUGGGUACAAGUGUAUGCGCCAGGGCUCAUUCCCACUGCUUAUGUUCUUCGGGAUUCUGGGAUCCACCACACUAUGUAUCUCCCUUCUGCUUUGGAGGACCCAGCGCCGAAAAGCUAAGGCUUCAUGAACCACGUAGGUCUUCCUUCUGACCUAAGAUCAUUCUGAUCUACCUUAGCCCAUCCAAGGAGAUUUUCUAGACAGCCAUCAUUGGCCCAAGGAUCCUCCUCAAGGCUGAGGCCACCACUGGAAGGAAGAUGGAAAAUUGCACCAAGCUGGAGUGUUGUGGACACUCCAGGUCAGGCGUGGACUUGCACCAGUUCCCAUUUGUGCUGCUGACUGUAAUAAACACUUCUUUUCUCUUUUC